CGACGUCGAGGCGAAGGAGAAGCCAGGACAUUUUGGAGAAGGAGGAGGAGCUUCUGACCUGACGCUAUGGAGGGCUCCACCAGGGUCCUCCUUUCCCUUCUAGUGGCGGGAUUGGCAGUGGUCCCACACCUGGUCAACGCCAGAUCCCCGACUCCGAAUAUACACAUCUGCCACAGCCUGACCUGCCCGGAACAGGACGCCUUCUACGCGCACCCGACCUUCUGCACAGAUUACGUCCACUGCGUUGCCGGCGUCCCAUAUGUCAAGAAAUGCCCUUCCAACCUAAACUUUGACGCGGUGAAGGGGGCGUGCAACCACCCGAGGGACGCCCGCUGCACGCCCUUCAAGAAGUCAUGCGAGCUGACGAGCCCCUUCGUCCCAGGAGGCGCGACAGACGACCUCGUGACGUGUGACUGCGAAGGCCCCUGCAUCAAGCCGCACCCGUAUCGCUGCGAUGCCUUCUACCACUGCGACGCUGACCUAGAGGCAGGGUCUUGUCUAGGCUUGGAAGGGCUUCACUGUUUUGCCUGCCUCCACACUCCUGCCAGCACUCCAGUCAGCACUGCACACCCCCUGUUGGGUUAUACAAUAGCAGUGUUGGCUGCUGGAGUGGAACACCUUACAGAAUGUCCCGGAGACUUGAUGUUCAACGCAAUGGUUGGACAGUGUGAUCUGCCGGAGAACACCAAAUGUGUGCCAGCGCCCACCUGCUCCUGCGACAACUGCCGUUUCCCUUCGUCUGAAAUGUGCUCUGCUUACUGGCAGUGUGAGGGUGGCCAAGCAGUGCAACACUUCUGCAGUAGCGGCCUUCUUUUCAACCGUGACACCUCACAGUGCGAUCUGGCCAUCAAUGUAGACUGCAGCGAAGGGGCCUGGGAGCUAGGUGCUUUCCUGGAGACGGCCUGCGUUGACCGACGUUUGGACUGUCCAAAGUUUGUUAAGGAUGGAGGGUGCCAGUGCAGUGGGAGUAACUGUGACUGGCAGUCAUUUGUUCUCAGGAACUGUCCAAAGUCCUGCGGCAGCUGCAAAGAAAACCAAAUUAUUAGCAAGAGAAUGUUUGCCUUAGAAGAAAAAGGAUCUAGAAGAAAUGGAAGCAAAGAAUCUGCAAGCAAAGAUUCCGGAAGCAAAGACUCUGGAAAUAAAGAACCUGCAAGCAAAGAAUCCAGAAGCAAACAAUCUGCAAGCAAAGAGUCUGGAAGCAAAGAUUCUCUAAGUAAAGAGUCUGGAAUCAAGGAGUCUCUAAGCAAAGAGUCUGGAAGCAAAGAGUCUAGAAAUAAAGAAUCUGGAAGCAAAGAAUCUGUAAAUAAAGACUCCGCAAUCAAAGAAUCUGCAAAUAAAGAGUCCGCAAGCAAAGAGUCUGGAAGCAAAGAGUCUCUAAGCAAAGAAUCUGAAAACAAGGAAUCUGGAAGCAAAGAGUCUGGAAAUACAGAAUCUGGAAGCAAAGAGUCCGGAAACAAAGAAUCUGGAAGCAAAGAGCUGGAAGCAAAGAGUUCGGAAACAAAGAAUCUCAAAGAGUCCGGAAUCAAAGCGCCUGGAAGCAAAGAGUCUGCAAGCAAAGAGUCCGGAAGCAAGGAAUCUGUAAGCAAAGAGUCUGCAAGCAAAGAUUCCGGAAGCAAAGAGUCUGGAUAUAGAGAAUCUGGAAGCAGAGAGUCCGGAAGUAAAGAAUCUGGAAGCAAAGAGUCCGGAAGCAAAGAGUCAGGAAACCAAGAAUCUGGAAGCAAAGAGUCUGGAAACACAGAAUAUGGAGGCAAAGAGUCCGGAAACAAAGAAUCUGUAAACAAAGAGUCUGGAAGCAAAGAGUCCGGAAGCAAAGAGUCCGGAAUCAAACAGCAGGGAAGCAAAGAAACUGGAAGCAAAGAGUCUGCAAGCAAAGAGUCUGGAAGCAAAGAGUCCGGAACGCCUGGAAGCAAAGAGUCUGUAAGCAAAGAGUCCGGAAGCAAGGAGUCCGGAAGCAAAGAGUCCGGAAGCAAAGAUCCUGGAAGCCAAGAAUCUGGAAACAAAGAGUCUGCAAGCAAAGAGUCCGGAAGCAAAGAGCCUGGAAGCAAAGAGUCCGGAAGCAAAGAGUCUGGAAGCAAAGAGUCCGCAAUCAAAGAGUCUGGAAACACAGAAUAUGGAGGCAAAGAGUCCGGAAACAAAGAAUCUGUAAACAAAGAGUCUGUAAGCAAAGAGUCCGGAAGCAAGGAGUCCGGAAGCAAAGAGUCCGGAAUCAAAGAGCCUGGAAGCAAAGAAUCUGGAAACAAAGAGUCUGCAAGCAAAGAGUCCGGAAGCAAAGAGCCUGGAAGCAAAGAGUCCGGAAGCAAAGAAUCUGGAAGCAAAGAAUCUGGAAACAAAGAGUCUGCAAGCAAAGAGUCCGGAAGCAAAGAGCCUGGAAGCAAAGAGUCCGGAAGCAAAGAAUCUGGAAGCAAAGAAUCUGGAAGCAAAGAGUCUGCAAGCAAAGAGUCCGGAAGCAAAGAGUUUGGAAGUAAAGAAUCUGGAAGCAAAGAGUCCGGAAGCAAAGAGUCCGGAAGCAAAGAAUCUGGAAGCAAAGAGUCUGGAAGCAAAGAGUCAGGAAGCAAAGAAUCUGGAAGCAAAGAGUCUGGAAGCAAAGAGUCUAGAAGCAAAGAGUACGGAAGCAAAGAGUCCAGAAGCAAAGAGUCUGCAAGCAAAGAGUCCGGAAGCAAAGAAUCUGCAAGCAAAGAGUCUGAAAGCAAAGAGUCUGCAAGCAAAGAGUCCGGAAGGAAAGAAUCUGUAAGCAAAGAGUCUGAAAGCAAAGAAUCCGGAAGCAAAGAGUCUGGAAGCAAAGAGUCAGGAAGCAAAGAGUCCAGAAGCAAAGAAGCUGUAAGCAAAGAGUCUGGAAGCAAAGAGUCCGAAAGUGAAGACGGUGGAAACGGUGGAAACGAAGGUGGAGGCGGUGGAAACGAAGGUGGAGACGGUGGAGACGGUGGAAAUGAAAGUGGAGACGGUCGAAACGGAGGUGGAGAUGGAGACAGCACUAGCAGAGGAAAUAGCGGAAGCCUCGACGGCUGUGUCAUUGACUGCUCCCUCGGAAAGUAUCUUCCACAUCCAACUGACUGCCGCAAGUUCAUCCAGUGUGCCCCGUAUGGUCCUGAAGAGAUGCCUUGUGCCCCUGGAACGGUCUGGAACCAACAGAAACUCACCUGUGAUCACGAAUGGGCUUCUCCGUGUGUGACAGGCAGCUACUUGACUCCAGAAGGUCUGCCAUGUGGAGGAGGUAGUGGUGAAAAUGGAGGGGGUGGCGAAGACCGUGGAAACGGAAGUGGAAACGGAGGUGGAGACGGCGGAAACGGAGGUGAAGGUGGUGACAUCUGUCAGGAUGAAGUGAGUGCCUGUAAAUUCUGGGCUGCCAAUAAUGACUGUUACUGCAAGCCAACCGAUGGGGACUGCUCAUGGCAAGCUUAUGUUGUCAAGGCAUGUCCCAAGAGUUGUGGAACAUGUAAUGGCGGAAAUGGAGGUCUAGACGACAGAAAUGGGGCUGGAAAUGGGGCUGGAAACGGCAGUAACGAAAGUGAAGUCGAUGGAUACGGCGGAAGUGGAAGCGAAGAGUCUGGAAGCAAGGAGGCUAUAAGCAAAGAGUCUGGAAACAAAGAGUCCGGAAGCACAGAGCAUGGAAGCAAAGAGUCUGCAAGCAAAGAAUCCGGAAGCAAAGAGUCUGAAAGCAAAGAGUCCAGAAGCAAAGAGUCCGGAAGCAAAGAAUCCGGAAGCAACAAGUCCGAAAGCAAAGAAUCUCUAAGCAAAGAGUCUGCAAGCAAAGAGUCUAGAAGCAAAGAGUCUGAAAGCAAGGAGUCCAGAAGCAAAGAAUCCGGAAGCAAAGAGUCCGAAAGCAAAGAAUCUCUAAGCAAAGAGUCUGCAAGCAAAGAAUCCGGAAGCAAAGAGUCUGAAAGCAAAGAGUCCAGAAGCAAAGAAUCUGGAAGCAAAGAGUCCGAAAGCAAAGAAUCUCUAAGCAAAGAGUCUGCAAGCAAAGAGUCUAGAAGCAAAGAGUCUGAAAGCAAGGAGUCCGAAAGCAAAGAGUCUUUAAGCAAAGAGUGCGAAAGCAAAGAAUCAGGAAGCAAAGAAUCCGGAAGCAAAGAGUCCGAAAGCAAAGAGUCUCUAAACAAAGAAUCUGGAAGCCAAGAAUCCGGAAACAAAGAGUCUGGAAGCAAAGAGUCCGAAAGCAAAGAGUUCGGAAGCAAAGAGUCUGAAAGCAAAGAGUCCGAAAGGAAAGAGCCAGGAAGCAAAGAAUCCGGAAGCAAGGAGUCCGGAAACAAAGAGUCUGGAAGCAAAGAAUCUGCAAGCAAGGAGUCUUUAAGCAGAGAGUCUGGAAGCAAAGAGUCUGGAAGCAACGAGUCUGAAAACAAAGAGUAUAUUAGCAAUGAGUCUACAAGCAAAGAGUCCGGAAGCAAAGACUCCGAAUGCAAUGAGUCUACAAGCAAAGAGUUGGGAAACAAAGAGUCCAAAGGCAAUGAGUCUGCAAGCGAAGAGUUGGGAAGCAAAGAGUCCGAAAGCAAUGAGUCUGCAAGCGAAGAUUUAGGAAGCAAAGAGUCCGAAAGCAAAGACUCCGAAAACAAUGAGUCUGCAUGCGAAGAGUUAGGCAGCAAAGAGUCUGAAAGCAAAGACAACGAAAGCAAUGAGUCUGCAAGCGAAGAGUUAGGAAGCAAAGAGUCCGAAAGCAAAGGUUCCGAAAGCAAUGAGUCUGCAAGCGAAGAGUUAGGAAGCAAAGAGUCCGGAAGCAAAGACUCCGAAAACAAUGAAUCUUCAAGCGAAGAGUUAGGAAGCAAAGAGUCCGGAAGCAAAGACUCCGAAAGCAAUGAAUCUUCAAGCGAAGAGUUAGGAAGCAAAGAGUCUGGAAGCAAAGACUCCGAAAGCAAUGAGUCUGCAAGCGAAGAGUUAGGAAGCAAAGAGUCCGGAAGCAAAGAGUCCGGAAGCAAUGAGUCUGCAAGCGAAGAGUUAAGAAACAAAGAGUCUGGAAGCAAAGAGUCCGGAAGCAAAGAUUCCGAAAGCAAUGAAUAUGCAAGCGAAGAGUUAGGAAGCAAAGAGUCUGCAAGCAAUGAGUCUGCAAGCGAAGAGUUAGGAAGCAAAGAGUCUGGAAGCAAAGAGUCCGGAAGCAAUGACUCUGAAAGCAAUGAGUCUCCAAACGAAGAGUUAGGAUGCAAAGAGUCUGAAAGCAAUGACUCUGCAAGCGAAGAGUUAGGAAGCAAAGAGUCCGAAAGCAAAGAGUAUCUUAGUAAAGAAUCUGGAAGCGAGGAGUCUGGAAGCGAAAAUUCUGGAAGCAUAGAGUCCGGAAGCAAAGAUUCUGGAAGCAAAGAGUCUGGAAGCAUAGAGUCCGGAAGCAAAGAGUCUGGAAGCAAAGAGUCUCAAAGCAAAGAAUCUGGAAGCAAAGAAUCUGGAAGCAAAGAGUCUGGAAGCAAAGAGACAGUAAGCAAAGAGUCUGCAAGCAAUGAGUCUGGAAGCAAAGACUCUGAAAGCAAUGAGUCUACAAGCAAAGAGUCUGGAAGUAAAGAGUCUGGAAGCAAAGAGUCCGGAAGCAAAGAAUCUGUUGAAGACAGCGGAAAUGGAGGUGGAAAUGGUGGAAACGGAGGUGGAGACGGUGGAGACGUUGGAAGAGAAGCGUGGAAGAGGUGGAGACGUUGGAAACGAAGUGGAGGCGGUGGAAACGAAGGUGGAGAGACGGUGGAGACGGUGGAAAUGAAAAGUGGAGACGGUCGAAACGGAGGUGGAGAUGGAGACAGCACUAGCAGAGGAAAUGGCGGAAGCCUCGACGGCUGUGUCAUUGACUGCUCCCUCGGAAAGUAUCUUCCACAUCCAACUGACUGCCGCAAGUUCAUCCAGUGUGCCCCGUAUGGUCCUGAAGAGAUGCCUUGUGCCCCUGGAACGGUCUGGAACCAACAGAAACUCACCUGUGAUCACGAAUGGGCUUCUCCGUGUGUGACAGGCAGCUACUUGACUCCAGAAGGUCUGCCAUGUGGAGGAGGUAGUGGUGAAAAUGGAGGGGGUGGCGAAGACCGUGGAAACGGAAGUGGAAACGGAGGUGGAGACGGCGGAAACGGAGGUGAAGGUGGUGACAUCUGUCAGGAUGAAGUGAGUGCCUGUAAAUUCUGGGCUGCCAAUAAUGACUGUUACUGCAAGCCAACCGAUGGGGACUGCUCAUGGCAAGCUUAUGUUGUCAAGGCAUGUCCCAAGAGUUGUGGAACAUGUAAUGGCGGAAAUGGAGGUCUAAACGACAGAAAUGGGGCUGGAAAUGGGGCUGGAAACGGCAGUAACGAAAGUGAAGUCGAUGGAUACGGCGGAAGUGGAAGCGAAGAGUCUGGAAGCAAGGAGGCUAUAAGCAAAGAGUCUGGAAACAAAGAGUCCGGAAGCACAGAGCAUGGAAGCAAAGAGUCUGCAAGCAAAGAAUCCGGAAGCAAAGAGUCUGAAAGCAAAGAGUCCAGAAGCAAAGAAUCCGGAAGCAACGAGUCCGAAAGCAAAGAAUCUCUAAGCAAAGAGUCUGCAAGCAAAGAGUCUAGAAGCAAAGAGUCUGAAAGCAAGGAGUCCAGAAGCAAAGAAUCCGGAAGCAAAGAGUCCGAAAGCAAAGAAUCUCUAAGCAAAGAGUCUGCAAGCAAAGAAUCCGGAAGCAAAGAGUCUGAAAGCAAAGAGUCCAGAAGCAAAGAAUCCGGAAGCAAAGAGUCCGAAAGCAAAGAAUCUCUAAGCAAAGAGUCUGCAAGCAAAGAGUCUAGAAGCAAAGAGUCUGAAAGCAAGGAGUCCGAAAGCAAAGAGUCUUUAAGCAAAGAGUGCGAAAGCAAAGAAUCAGGAAGCAAAGAAUCCGGAAGCAAAGAGUCCGAAAGCAAAGAGUCUCUAAACAAAGAAUCUGGAAGCCAAGAAUCCGGAAACAAAGAGUCUGGAAGCAAAGAGUCCGAAAGCAAAGAGUUCGGAAGCAAAGAGUCUGAAAGCAAAGAGUCCGAAAGGAAAGAGCCAGGAAGCAAAGAAUCCGGAAGCAAGGAGUCCGGAAACAAAGAGUCUGGAAGCAAAGAAUCUGCAAGCAAGGAGUCUUUAAGCAGAGAAGUAUAUUAG